UACUCUAAAAAUAUUGCAAACAUGCUUUCUCUUUCAAAAAUGCCUUCAACAAGAUCAGUGCUAUCAGCAUAUACAACUUUAACUGCUUCAACAGUUUUUGUUAGAACUUUAGUCUCUGAAGUUCAAAACAUGACAAACCAACUUAUACCCAAAAAUCUCCAAGACAAAAUAUUGUCAAAAGUUGGAAUCUUUAUGGGAAAUUUCUCUUCCCAAACUACCCUCAUCAUUGAGGAACAAAAUGGUUUCACUCCAAAUGAACUCUUUGAAGCUUCUAAAUUAUACUUAGGUACCAUAAUGUCACCUUCAGUUCAAAGAGUCAAAAUUUCCAAGGCAGAAAAAGAAAAGAAAUUUUCAGUCAACAUUAGUAAAGAUGAGAAAAUCAUUGAUACAUUUGAAGGAGUAGAACUCAUUUGGGAGCUGAAAAUUGUGGAAAAUCAAAAGACAAAUUGUGAUGAUGGAUACCUUACUUUAGAAAAAGCGGACCAGAUAUGGUAUGAACUCAGUUUCCUUAAGGAUUACAAAGAAAUGGUGUUGAACACUUAUUUGCCAUUUGUUCUUGAAAGAUCAAACGCCAUAAAAGAGGAAAACAAGGUGAUAAAACUGUCACCACUUGGGAGUUACUGUGGAGAAAGUGUGAAUCUUGAUCAUCCAUCAACUUUUGAUACAAUAGCAAUGGAUCCUGAAAUCAAGAAAACACUAAUGGAUGAUUUAGAAAGAUUUGUUAGGAGAAGAGAUUAUUAUAGAAGAGUUGGCAAGGCAUGGAAAAGGGGAUAUUUGUUGUAUGGACCACCAGGAACAGGAAAAUCUAGCUUGAUUGCAGCUAUGGCUAAUUAUUUGAAAUUUGACGUAUAUGAUAUGGAACUUUCUAGCAUGCGUUGUAACUCUGAUUUCAGAAGAAUGUUAGUCUCUACAAAGAACAGAUCAAUUAUUGUUAUUGAAGACGUUGAUUGCACCAUUGAGCUAGAGAACAGAGUUGAUGGAUCACACAAUUACAACAAUAGUGAAAGUCAGGUUACACUUUCCGGGUUGCUAAACUUCAUAGACGGGCUAUGGUCCAGUUGUGGAGAUGAAAGAAUAAUUGUGUUCACUACCAACUUUAAAGAAAAACUAGACCCUGCAUUAAUAAGGCCAGGAAGAAUGGACAUGCACGUUCACAUGUCCUAUUGCACUCCUAGCGGAUUCAAGAUCCUUGCUUCCAACUACCUUGGCCUUAAAAAUCACUGCAAAUUUGGUGAAAUAGAAGAGCUUAUAACUGAACUGAAUGUGACCCCGGCAGAGAUUGCUGAAGAGCUGAUGAAAAGCGACGAAGCGGAAAUUGCACUUGAUGGACUAAUUAAGUUCCUCCACAAGAAGAAAGAUGGUUGCAAAGAGAAAAUUGUUGUAGAAAAUGAAGUUGUUGAUGAGAAAGGUGAUGAAAUGAAGGAAGAAAUAGAGAUUAAAGAUCUGAGGAAACGUAAGGGGAAUUCAAGGAGGGGAGGAAGAACCAGGCGUAAAAUUUUCUGAUGUUCUUGGUCUACAAUUAAUUUUGUCAAGCUAGAAAAUUACUUAUGCACAUGUAUUUAGCAUUCUCAUACUCUAUUGUAAUAUGUCCGAAUAAUUUUUUUAGUCAUGUACCUAGAGUUGAAAAUGUCCAAUAUUCCUUGUCUUCGGUUUGGAUACUGAAAAAAAGUUGCACGAAAAGGAAAAGGUAUGACAAAAUAUGCAAUUUAGAGUUAUAAUGCAUGCUGCAACCAAAAAACAGCAAAGAGCUCAAAUAGUUCUGAUAGACAGAAAUGGUUAAUUGUUGAUUUUAAGGCAUGUUUUCAAAAUAGGUAUAAUCAAUGUUUCAUAAUGAUGGUGUCCGAACCAACUUGCACACAUCUCAAGUGUUCCUCCGGGUACCUAUUACUUCCCACCAGCA